AUGAUCUCAGACCUGGAGGAGGAGCUGCUGGCCAGGCUGGUCAACUUCGCCCAGCGGCACGGGCUGCCCGUGGACAUCAACGCCCGGACGAGCGGCGGGCACACGGCGCUGCACAUCGCCGCCAUGCACGGCCACGCCGAGGUCGUGAAGCUGCUGGUGGGAGCCUACGACGCCGACGUGGACAUCCGCGACUACAGCGGGCGCAAGGCCGCGCAGUACCUGCACCAGGGCACCUCGGGGGACAUGCGGAGCCUCGUGGGGGCCUUGGAGGAGGAGGAGGAGGAGGAAGGGAAUGCUGGCAACGGGAGCGGGCGCUGGAGACUCUCCAAGGUGUUGCCAUCUAAUCUCAUGAACUACCGGCUCUCCCACCACCAUCACGGUACUGGGGAGGAAGCUGAAGGUACAGAUGGGGCAGCGGUGCCAGGCAAAGGCAAGGAGAUGACCAGGAAAGCUUCUGGCAGCGGACGGAUGAAGCCUCGGCUUAAUAAGAUCCGCUUCAGGACUCAGAUCAUCCACAACACGCCCUCCUUUCGUGGUGACACUGAGGAGGAAGAGCAUGAGGAGAAAUCCCUGAAAUCAUCAUUCAAGCUCAGGCCGAAGUCCAAUGUGUUUGGAUAAGGCCGGGGAGCAGGAGGUCUGGGAGGUGGAUGCACGGACCAAAGUGCCCUCAGGUGUAGCAGAGAAGGUGAGGCAGGUACGAGUGGGUGCUCAUCUACACUCGUGGACUCUGGCCAGAAGGGUCCUGAGUAACUUGCUUUAUCUCCUGGUUCGGUGUGAGCCCAGCAGAUCAACAGGGCUCUGGGAGCUCACAGCUCCUGAGAGCAGCUGCUUCAGCCAGGCCCUCAGUGCUGAAAUGGGAGGCAGUGGGGGUGGGUUGAGAAACUCUGGGGUGUUUAAAAGCUGUGCUCCUUUCUCUCUAAAGGCAGGCUUUGGGAUUGUAAACCUGUGUUAGUGGAUCUACUAGGAUUAGCGAAGUGAGUGGGGGAAAGAAAAGUGCAAAUGCUUUACUCUUACAUUAUCAACUGGUACUAUUAACUAUCAGCAAACAACUUGCUAUGUCAGAAGAGCACCUCUUAAUAUCCAGUAAUAUCUAGGUAUACCUUAAGUUUCUCUUUAACAGCAAUACCACCUGGCACGGUGUGGAGUUUGGGACACAAAAUGAGAUGGUAGAGAAUGGUUUCCUGUCAGAAUCCAAGCUUCAAGCCAUCAAGGACUUGAGCCUGUGUUGACUUUAUGCAUUGAAAACUGCUUAAUUUGACAUCAUGAAUAUAUUGUUAUUAAGAAAAAAAGAAUCUGUUGCACUGCAAGCAGUGUAUAAAGUUAACCAUGUGCAGAAGUCUUUGCUGUCUGAGGUACUACUGAGCUUGCUUAUCGCUGUUGGAAUACUAAUACAAGAUAAUAGAAGCAAAGAAUUUUUAUAUAUAUUUGGUAUCUUAUGUUUUGUCUUAGGCAAAGCAUUUUAUUUUAAUCACUGUGAGUUCUCAAGUGCCAGACCUAGUGCAGUUCCAGUUAUUAAGUCUGGUCAAGUCUUGUUAAUGUUCUUUGUGUAACUCACUGCAUUUAAAAUCAGAAAAUAGUGUUGUAUGUGUCACCUAUGAAAGUCGUUCUCUUUUAGAAUAAAAGAGCACAGACACCAUUGCAUGAAAUCUUCAUGAAACUCUAAUAUGGUUCUGUAAUGUGAUACCUACAGUGUUUGCUAGUAACUUGUGUGCCAAUCCCUUCAGCUGACACUGUGUGGAAAUAGAGAAAAAAUCAAACAGAGGGGAAGGAAAAAAAAGGAAGGUGUGCGCAUUCAUGCAAGGGUGAAAAACUAGAACUCCAAAACUCUCUCCCUGUUUAUCAUAAUGAAUGAAGUAGCAUAAUUACAUAUUCUAGUUAAGUGGUGGCAGUGGUGUUUGCAUUCUUUUAACCUAUGUUUCUAGAGAAGUGAUAGCCAAGGCUUUGAACCGUUGUUUGACAGCCUACUAAGUCUUAAUCUGAUUGACGAGCCUAUCCGUCUGCUAAAGCUUUCGGAAACCUUGAAUCUUGUUUCUCUGCUUUAAAGGUAGCAGUUACAGUGAAAUCUAGGAGGCAGAUUUAAAUCCAUAUUCAGCUUUCCUUAAGAGCUGAGGUAUUGAGCUGACCCUGGAUCCUGAAUGCUACUCAGUGUAGCAGCUCAUCUGCGUUUAGUUGUUAAAGUGUGGCCAAUUUCAAUGCAGCAUCUGUCAAAGCAUGUUUGGAGUUGGCUUCCUUAAGAUGUAUGUGCAUGCCUGGCCUGUAACUAACCAAAAAUAGAUAGGUUUUGACAUGUUAAAAUCCAAAUUGGAGACACUGAUUAAAUACAUGCCACAAACUGUAGAACACCUCACAGGAAAUCUGCUGCUAAGAGUGUGCACUUUUGAGGUAACAGCUCAUCUGUGGCUGUUGCUAGUGACUUAGAUUUCUUGUAGCGACGGGAAGGAAGUGCUACUGAUGCAUUGGCAUCAGACUUUCCAUGCAGAUAAACAACCAGUUUCUGCACUUCAUGUCAAAACCUAAUAAAUUACAGUGUUUGCACAGGCAUGCAAGUGACACUUAACUAUUUCUGGAAAAAGCUGCAUUAAAAAGUAAUAUAGAACCUCUGCAUAGGUGCUGGUCAUUACUUCUGUGCAAAAGGACUAGAAAUUAGAGAGGUUCAGCUUUAGUUUACAAUUUAUAAGCUAUAAUGUUACAGAUUUCACGUGCCUUCAUUUUGGUUUGGUUGACAUAAAUGCAGUGGAUAAAAUCAGUCUUGCAAAGCGCUUUGUCUUUAUGUCUGUGGGACGGAACUAGAAAUUUUCCCUCAGUCCUUCCUGUUUAAACUGUACACCUGUACAGUGGGGGGUCUGAAACAGGGGGCAUUAAUCAUGCACGUUAUGAUGUAGAGCUAAUUCUGUUGAAGAAUAAGAAAAGAUAAUUAAAUGCUUAAGUCUUAAACUUCUCUCUGCAAGACAAAUAGGUUUUUAGACUUCUGUAGGAAGGAAGUUUUCUGACUGAACACUUAAAAUAUGAGCAUUCUUCAGCAUGGGCACAUCUGAAUUUAGCACAUAUUCCAUGCAACUACUAAUGUCCAAACCUUAUUAAAGUUGGUUUCUGCAUUGAGAGCUUAUAGUUCUUUCAUACAGACUUGGGUGAAGUGUUUCUCUCUUCACAUGCAAGUAGCAAAGAAUUGCACAAAAAUACUGAAUCUUAGACAGCUAUUGGGCUCUAGGGAAAUAAUUUGAGGGUUUCAAAUAGAGCAUACCUUGGAUUUUAAGAGACUAACUGGAAUAUAAUGUUACAUAAUACAGUAGAACUUUUCAAAUUAUUAAGGGAACUUGAAAAAUGAUGAAAAGUUGCCUCAUUUAUAACUUAUUAUUUGAAGUAUCAAAGUGAAAUUGCAGGUCCACUGAUACUGUUUAGCUGUCAGUUAAUGGAAUUUCACCAUAAUGAUUCAAAGGUCUUUGCAAGGUGAGGUGCAAAAGGACAAUUAUCUCUUUUGGUGUUUGAGAUAUACUGAAGAAUGGCUGCAUAACCACUCGUGUCUGUCUGUGCUAUGGGAAUAAAGCACUUUGAUUUCACAUUACUACUUGUCACAUUCCACAUGGUUACUUUUUAUAACAGGAGCUAAAACUUAAUGGGGUUUUUUUUUGAGGUAGGAAAGACAUGAUGCCCUAUUUCAGUAUAUUUGCAGUCUAAAGGUAUGCUUGAGUCAAAUAUUUUGGAUACGUUGCCUACAAAGAUGUGACUGAAAUAAAGUUGUAUGGUACAGAAAACUGGAGCACUUACUGGUAUCUUUUUAAUGGUACGCCUGAAGUUGCUGAAUGUCUUUGUUCACUUUUUAUGAUGGUGUGUAAGGCAGCAAGACUGUAAUGUAACGUGGUAUAUUUUUUUUGUACUUUGUUUGAAAAAUUUUAGAGGCCUGGAAGCCUGUUGAGUUUUAUUAAUACACUUUUUGUGGUUGUCUCUCUGAA